CAAUAUUCCAAAUCGACCCUAUUGGUUUGAGCUACCAAACAAUUUGCCACCAGCUCCUGCAACUUUUGCUGGCUGGCCCGCCUCUGUUUAAUGUGUUAAUAUAGUUUUUGCCACAAAUUUUUCUCAAGAUUCUAAACGUGCCUUCUUUCCAUCACCUCUGGCAUCAACUUUGAGUGUGUGUAGACACACACACUGACACACGCACAUAUAUGUAUGUAUUUUAUAUAUAUGUAUAUAUAUCAGAGGGUACAUAGACCUUUCAACAGCCCACCACCACAGCUCAGUGUUCACUCCAUUAACACAUUGCUUUACUCAUUUUAACAUAUUAGCAUCUCCAUAGUUACUUCUUGAAGUGGUGAAGGUUUCAGUAUUUCGUAAUUUUAUUUUUUCUGCACCCCACUCUGAGAGAAAAAACAUGUCCUGAGGAAGCCAGAUUCACAGGAUCUGCAGCUCACUCGUAGAUUUGCUCGUUUGAGUUCGCAGUUUUGUGCUUUUGUAAAGUUCUUCAGUUGGAUAAUAGAACACAAUGAGGAAAUUUGUGAGAUUUUGGGUUUCGAUCUGUGUUCUGUUUGUUUUAAGGAAAUGGGGUGUCGAAAGUUUUGAACUUGAUGAGUUUUUCAGCAAGCUGAAUAGUAGCUCCGAAGAUGGGGUGUCCUAUUUGGAGUCAAUGUCACUUAUGGAGUCGGUUUAUGGAGUAUCAGCUGCAGCUGUCCCUCCUAAUGCUCUAAUGGUGGGUCUUACUCUUAUUCAAGGAGCUGCUCCUAAACGGGCUGUAUGUUUGGAUGGAACAUUACCGGGCUAUCACUUUCAUCGUGGGUUCGGGACAGGUGCUAACAGUUGGCUCAUCCAGUUAGAGGGUGGAGGAUGGUGCAAUACUCUCAGAUCUUGUAUUUACCGUAAAACGACACGUCGUGGCUCGUCAACACACUUUGAGAAAAUAAUUCCAUUCACAGGAAUACUUAGCAACAAGGCUGAAGAGAAUCCAGAUUUUUUCAACUGGAAUAGAGUAAAGGUACGCUACUGUGAUGGUGCUUCCUUUGCUGGGGAUGGUGACAAUGAGCCUGCAGGUUUGCAUUUUAGAGGACACCUCAUAUUUCGAGCUGCAAUGGAUGAACUGAUGUCUAAAGGAAUGCGCUAUGCCGACCAAGCACUUCUUUCCGGUUGCUCGGCUGGUGGCCUAGCUUCUAUUUUGCACUGUGACGAAUUUCGAGGAUUAUUUCCCGCGACUACAAAAGUGAAGUGCUUGAGCGAUGCUGGAUUAUUUCUUGACGCUAUUGAUGUAUCUGGUGGGCACUCGUUGAGGACUUUCUUUCAUGGUGUAGUUACCUUACAGAAUGUUCAGAAGACUCUGCCGAGCUUUUGUACCAACAAACUCGACCCAACCUCUUGUUUCUUCCCUCAGAACUUAAUUGCCAACAUCAAGACCCCUCUUUUCAUCUUGAAUGCUGCCUAUGAUUCUUGGCAGGUCCAAGAAAGCAUAGCUCCUCCAAUGGCUGACCCAAAGGGCGAGUGGCGUGCUUGCAAAUUGAACAAUGCGCACUGUUCUCCAUCACAGAUCCAAUUCCUUCAAGGUUUUAGAAUUCGCAUGUUGAACGCGAUUAAGGGCUUUGCCUUCUCCAGACAAAACGGGUUAUUUUUGAAUUCUUGCUUUGCUCAUUGCCAAUCCGAGAGACAGGACACAUGGUUUGCCGACAAUUCCCCAGUUAUUAACAACAAGCCGAUUGCGAUUGCUGUUGGGGAUUGGUAUUUCGAUCGAGCAAGCAUCAAGGAAAUCGACUGUGCGUAUCCGUGUGACAACACAUGCCACAAUCUGGUGUUCAAAAAAUGGGUUGUCGAAAGUUUCGAACUUUAUGAUACGGCGUCGUUUGCGGGGUCUGUUUAUGGAGAGUCGGCUGCAGAACUUCCUCCAAACACUCUCAUGGUGGGGCACACUCUCGUCAAAGGCGCUGCGGCCGCCGGAGCUGGUGCUUUUCUCUUUCCCCCUCUUGAAAUUUUUAAUUUUAGUGUAGAGGGAGGAGGGUGGUGUAACAAUCUCAGAACGUGUAAGUAUCGUAGUACAACACGUCAUGGAUCAUCUAAAUUUUUUGAGGAUAAAGUACCAUUUAUAGGGAUACUUAGCAACAAGAGAAGUGAAAAUCCAGAUUUUUUUAACUGGAACAGAGUAAAGGUACGCUAUUGCGAUGGCGCGUCUUUUUCCGGUAACAAAAGAGAAAAGGUCGGAGGCUUGUAUUUUCGAGGACAACGCAUAUUCCAAGCUGUAAUGAGUGAACUGAUGUCAAAAGGAAUGGGCAAUGCGGAACAAGUGCUUCUUUCAGGUUGCUCGGCUGGCGGCCUAGCUUCUAUUUUGCAUUGUGACAGAUUUCGAAAUUUAUUUUCCACAGCUACUAAAGUGAAGUGCCUCAGUGAUGCUGGAUUAUUUCUGGACGCUACUGAUGUAUAUGGUGGACACACUCUAAGAAGGUUAUUCAGAGAUGUUGUGAGGUUUCAGGGCGUUCGAACGAAGAUAAGCCCGUGUCCCAAGAAUCUGAAUGGAACUUCAUGCUUUUUCCCUCAAAAUCUAAUUGCACACAUCAAAACCCCUCUGUUCAUUUUGAAUGCGGCCUACGAUACAUGGCAGAUACAAGAAAGCUUGGCUCCUCGAGCUGCUGAUCAUAAUAACCAAUGGCACAACUGUUCGAGCAAUAUUGAACUAUGUUUUAGGACAGAAAUGGUCGGUGCAGUAAAGGACUUUGCACGCUCGAGUAAAAACGGGUUAUUCAUAAAUUCUUGCUUUGCUCAUGGCCAAUCUGAGAUGCAAGAUACUUGGUUUGCCCAAAAUUCUCCCACUAUUAACAACAAGCGAAUUGCAAGUGCUGUUGGAGAUUGGUACUUUGAACGAACGAGAAGCUGCAAAGCUAUCGACUGUGAGGAUUGCAACAGAACAUGUCACAACAUGAUAUUCAAGUAGGAUGUUGUUUUUCAAUUAUAUUAUAAGAUUAAAAUCAUUAAUAUAUUACAUUGUGACUAAAUGAUUCAGCUCAAGUUAAUGGCUGAGUGUUGGAGCAAAAUAGUUUUACCUAAUUGUGGAGAAAAUGAAACUUUGAUGUACUCUGAAGUUAUAAUCUCUUUUUAAAGAAAAUGAAAUCCAGUUUAUUCAUUAAACAAGCCUUUAGUUAUUUAGAGUUUCAAAU